AAAUAGAAACGAACUUGAAAAACUAGUAACAAAAAAAAAAUAUUGUGAAUUUUGCCGAUUGUAUGCAACUUAAUUGAAAAUCAAAAUAAAAAUAUUUAGAAAAGAAAUUUAUUUUAAUUAGAAAAAUUAUUAAUUAAUAGUGAUAUAGUUGUGUGCUUUAUAAUUAAAGAAAUAAUUUAAUUAAAAUUCACAAGAUACUAAACUUAAAACUUGUAUCUAAUUAAAUUACUAAUGCCCACUUAAUAAUAUUAUUUAUUCAAUUUGUUUAUACAAGAGCCCCCUAUUAUACUGGAUACGUGCAAACUUUUCUUAUUAUUAUAAAAUAUAAAUAAAAUAUGAUAUUAUGUGCAAAUAAAUACAUACAUAUAUUUAAAAAAAAAUAUAUACAUACAUAAUAUGCAUAUAUAUGUAUGUAUGGAUGUACAAAAAGUUAUCAGUUUAACUUGUAUUUAACUCAGAUAAGAAGUAAAAUUAAUAAAAUCAACAAAAAAGAAAAAAAUACAAUAACAAAAUAAAAAUUAUUAAAUGAGAAUUUAGAAAUUUCAAAUUAAAAGUAAAAUUAUCACACAUACAGAGAGAGAGAGAGAGAGAGAGAGAAUAAAAAUAGUGAGCCGCUCGCGAGUCUUAAAUUGAUUUGAUUACAAUUGAUAGAAAAAGAGAGAUUUAAUAUAAAGUUCAAUUAACAGUGAGAAUAAUAAUAAACAAAAAAAAACAAAAGUGAAAAUAAUAAUGAAAAAAAAUUAUUAAAAUAAUCAAUCAAUUGAUCAAUCGAUCAAUCAAUUAUGAUCGAGUUCUAAUAAGCUAAAUUAAAUUAAUAAUAUAUGUAUGUAGUUGAUUGCUAUUAUUAAUUAAAUUUAAAAGCACCAUUUAAGUAGUUACUAACUUCAAAAGAUAAUUUUUUUUUUCCAACACAUUCUUUGGAUCUUCAUAGGAGCAAGAGAAUUAAGUUCUUUAUAGUUCAGCUGGUUUAACCUAACCUAACUUAAUUUUCGUUUAGGCAUAUAUGUACAUAAAUACACACACAUUAAUGAACAAGAUCUAAUGAAAACACUUGUAUUUUCCUGUACGAAUUUUAGUUUUUCCGUUUUUUUUGUGAUUUAAAACCCAUAUACAAGUAGUACCAGUACAAUUCACGCACACAUUCUUGUAUAAUAUAUGCAUAUAUGUGUGAAAAUUAAUUUUUAAAAAGAGUGCAUUAUAUAUUUUUAUAAUAAUUAUAAAAACAACAAAAUAAAAACUAUGUACAUACAUAAUAAAUAAUAUGUAAGUGUAUAAAUAUAAAAAUAAAGUGAAAAAGCGAAAUUGAAAAAAAAAAUGUUUAUCAUCUAACUGAAGAUAUCCAGCUACGCUUCAACUAAGUUGCAGUUGCAGAUCUUUCGUGCACAUUUUAAUACAACAUUCUCUAUUUUGCUCUUGUACAGUGUAUUUGCAAUAAUAAUAAUUAGAAAAAAAUUUAAAUAAUUUGCAAAAAAAAAAAAAAAGAGAAAAAAAAUAAAAUCAAUAAUUAAGUGAGAAAAAGAAAAUUUUAUUAAAAUUAAAAAAUAUUCACUUUUUGUGUUUGCAAAAACAAAAAAAUUAAUUUUAAUUUUUUCCACUGUUAAAUUUGAUUUUUUAAAAAAAAUACUAAAAUUUUAAAGUGAAAUAGGAAGAGAAAUCAGAAACGAUCCUCUAACUGUUCGAAAAACAAAAUUAAUUAAAAUUUAUAAAUAAAAUUACAUAAUUAAUACCAAAUUUUGUGAAAAAAAGAGAAUAAAAUUAAAUUAGAAAACUUUUUUCUUAUGCAAAUUUGAAAAUUGCAUUGAAAAUUUUGUUUUUACACUACCGUCGCUAUUUUUCUUUUUGUUCGGAUCAAAAAAAAAAAUUCGACAGAAAAGCAACUUCUAUUGUGAAUAUUGUAAAUUGUGAAUAAAUAAAUAAUAAAAUAAAUAAGUAAGUAUUUGAAACAAAAUAAAAGAAGAAGAGAUUUUAUAAAAAUUAAAAAAGAAAUUGAAAAAUAAACAGUGUGUUAAAAUUAAAUUAAAAAUUAGUGCGAGAUUUUUGAAAAAAAAAUGCGUGCAAAUAAUUGUGUUUAAAAGAAAUAUUGAAAUAUUCAAAAUUGUGAAUAAAAAUGUAGAAAGAAAAAAUAAUUUAAAAACUUAAAAAUAUUUUUCAAAUUUUGGUAUUUAAAAAAAUUAAAAUUAUUAUUGUAUAAAAGUCAAGUAUAAUUGAAUUUAAAAAAACAAAACAAGGAAAUAUUCCAACUUUUAAGGACAUUUGCUAGUUAUAGCAAAAGUGAAAAAAAAAAAAAUAAAAACAGAUCAGUUUUGUGAAUAAAUUAAAAUAAAAAAAAAUUAAAAAAAUAUUUUUUUAAAAUAACUUUGAAAAACAUCCCAACAAACACACAAUUGUGAAUAAUAAAUUUUGUUAAUUAUUUUAUUUUAAUUAAUUUUUUUUGAAAAUAUUUAUAAAAUUUAUUAUUAUUUGUGAUUUAAAACCGGUUUUAAUCGUAUUUAAUAAUAAUAAGUAAACGUAAAAUAUAUAUAUAAAUAAAAGUAAAAGUAUAAUAUCGAAUGGUUUCGGAAGAUAAUUGGAAUGAUGCAAUGUCCGAUCCGGACUUGCUAGAUAAUAAAAACGAUAUAUGCGGUGGUGCAUCAUCAUCAAGUGGUGGUUCAUUAUCACCACGAACACCACCAAAUUGUGCACGUUGUCGUAAUCAUGGUCUUAAAAUUGCAUUAAAGGGACAUAAACGAUAUUGUAAAUAUCGUUAUUGUAAUUGUGAAAAAUGUCGUUUAACAGCUGAAAGACAACGUGUUAUGGCAUUACAAACAGCAUUAAGAAGAGCUCAAGCUCAAGAUGAACAACGUACAUUACAUGUUGGUGAAAUACCACCAUUAACACCAGCAAUAACUCAAAAUAUUAAAAGUCCAACAAUACUUCCCGAUAGUAAUCAUUCACAUCAUCCGCCGUCUUCACAUCAACACCAUCAUCAUCAUCAUCAUCAUCAUCAGCAACAACAACAACAACAACAACAGCAGCAACAACAACAACAACCACAACAACAGCCACAUCAUAAUAACAAUAAUAAUAAUAAUAAUAACAAUAGCAGUAAUGCAACAAGUAAUAAUAAUAAUAAUAACAACAACAAUAGUAAUCAUCAUAAUCCACAUUCACAUCAACACCAAAUUAAUGUUCCGACUCCAGCUCAGUCAUUGGAAGGAUCAUGUGAUUCAUCAUCAGCAUCACCAUCAUCAACUUCUGGUAUGCCAAUUUCAGUUCCAGCAAGCCGUAAGCUACCAACACAUCAUUUAAAUGGAGGCAAUUUUCCACCAGGUAUGUUCUUAAAUAAUUUUAUUAAGAUGGCAACAUUAUACUAAUGAUAUAGUCGUAAGUUUUAUAUUAUAAAUUAAUUUAUUAUUUGAAAUUCCUUUAAAUUUUCUUAUAGUGGGAAAAUUAUGUGUUUAAAUCAAAUAUUAUUGUUAGCAUAUAAGCCUAGAUUUUACCCAUAAAUUGAUUCAUCCUUGAUUACCUCAUGACCUAUGAUGAAGAACGAAAAUUAUCUUCCAUUAUUUUUGGUGAUAAGCACAAUAAAGAUACGAAGAAGAUUUCCAAGAGAAAAAUUUUAUGUAAUUUUUGAAAACCUUUGUAUUUUAUAAGCCCAUGUAUAUUCCCAAUUAGCUAAAUAUAGCUUUGUCGUGCAACUUAAAUGAACAGAUAUAGAAAUUUAACCCAUUUUCAUUAAAUAAAAUACAAAAAUUUUAUUUGAAAUACUCUUGAUCUUAAAAAUGGUUUGUCAGACAAAAUAUUUCUGAAAAUAAUUGCUCGUGGUUGGAGAUUGUUUUAGGUUAUAAGGCAAAAAAUGCUA